AUGGGCUGUUGUAUGCAUAGACCAGAUCCCGGAUGUGAUUUGUCAAGUCAGGAAGCGCCUUCACUUCAUGUUGCCGUAUCCAAGAUGGCUAGCCUACCAACAUUCAGUCAGCUUCUGGUGAGUCAAGAAAAAAAGCUGGAUUUCGAGGACUCCAAUGCUGGAUUGAUGACGACUGCCCGGAAGAGAGAAGAUGCUCUGUUGAUGUGA